UUUCAAAAAUAAAAUAACGGCCAUAUAAUUAUUAAAAAUAUAUUGCUUUCAAUGAAAGUCAAGCGAAGGUGAAAAUAGUUGAAAUAAUUUCACCGAAAUCAUUUUUUUUUCUUUAAAAAAUUAUGAGAAAGAAAUAAUCAGAAACACAUGGACGAGUACUAUAUAUUUUCAAAUAUAUAAAAAUUAGUAAUUCUUGUAAAAGCCAAAUGUCGGCCACUACUACUUCUAUUUCGAAAAAGUCGAAAAAGUGUAAAUAAUGAAACUUGUCAUUAAUGAUUUGAUGGCCCAGGCUUACUUAUUGAGUAGAAUUAAAAAUAGGAGUGUAAAAGCGAAGUGAAAGGUGAAAAAGUUUUUGCACACAAAUAGGAUAAUUAAAAUUUUUAUGUUAAAAAAAAGGGCACGCGCCUGAAUUAGUUUUCCUCUAUACUUUUCCUUUUACGUCUUCUAAACUUUGAAAUAUGAAGAACCUCAUUUUCCUAACUUCUUGAACCUGCCGCCCUAAAAAGAAAGUUUACACUCCUAGGAAAUUGCUCUAUUUCCUGAAGAAGCAUUUUCGAUUGCCUUAAUACAAAGACAAAUGUUGACAAUGGCAGUAGUUUUAUUGUAGUGCUUAUUCAAGACGAGUAUCAAUAAUAAGGAGAAAAGAUGGAGAGAGAAGGAGUGGUAAUUAUCAUGCGACAUAUAACAAAAUAAAACCUACGUGAGCUUAUAGCUAUAGGUCCAUUGUCCAUUGUCAUGCUGAUACUGCUGUGAAAAAUUUAAACAUUUAUCCUAUCCAGUUAUUUUGAGAGACGAAAGUAUUUGUUUAUUAUUACUAAAAUCUAUUUGCCAUAAUGUUGGCCUUAGACGCUGGUGUAAGCAGAUAUAAACAAUUAGCUCCUUUGCGGGCUAAAGAAAGAACAAAAAGAGAAAAGCGAAAAAUCAAAGCAGAGUAAACUUUGUUGCUGAAAAUUUAAAAAAAAAAGAAAAAAAAAACAAACUAAAAAUAUUGUGUGUGAGUGAAGCAUAAGAAUAAAAAAAAAAAAAAAUUCAAAUAUUCACGUUAUUCUCACAAUCGCCACCGCUACCACCACAACUACACAUCCCCACCACUAAAUACCAUCACUAGUACGUCGUAUGGUUGCACUUAUAUGCAAAAAAUGUUGCGAGGGCAUGUUUAGUGGGGUUGAAUGUGCGGUUAAGUGUCGUCUAUGGCCGAAUCCGUUCGUAGUAAAUUGCUCUCUGCAGUGACGGAGGGGCAGCACGACGGAAGCACAAAACCAACAACAACAACGCCACCUAUACCAACAUCUAAUCGUAAUCGUAAUCGGCAGCAGAAGAUAAAUAACUAUAAUAAUACUAACGUUUCUUCAAGUAAUAAAAACGCACCGGUCCGCAACAAAACACCCACUAAACGUAACAGCAAAUCGCAACUACAACAACAACAACAAUUAAAUCAAGAACAAUCGAAGUCGAUCAAUUCGCGUCAACGAAAACGUGGCUACAAUCAGGUACAGCAAGGAUCACAGCAAUCCCAAAAGACUGUAAGAGAAACCCCUGCGGCUUUAGAAGAUCGAGGACAUUCUGAGGAUUACAUUGCACCUCCGAAAAAACGCCGUUUUCAUCCCAAUAAAGCUACGGAAGUGUCGGACGAGUCGUCCCUAAAUAAAAGUAAUAAACAUAAGGCAAUAGCAACAUUAUUUCGAGAACAAGGCGAUUGCAUAGCGCAGAGAACACGUUCUAAGACCAUAGCAUUUGAAGAACCCAGCACAAGUAGUGGCAGCAAAAAUAAAUAUAAUAAUAGUAGCGGUACCAGUAGCGGUAGCGGUGGUAACAGUGGUAGUAGUAGCAGCAGCGCUACCAAUAAUAAACGGAUUUACACGAAAAAGCAAAAGUCUCUCGAUCUAAAUUUAACACCGCAUACUAGUGGACCUGUUGUCGCCGUUACAACUAAAUCCAGCAAAGGUAAUUUGCUAAAUUAUUAUCGUAAGACACGUAAGCUUAGCUAUAGUCGUACAUCGUCCCCGUCUAUCGCAGCUGCUUCGCCAACGCCAACAGCAACACCAACAGAUUUAUCAAUUCCCGCUAUAACAUCAAAAGCAAAAAGAGAAAUUAAUCAAUUGAGAAAACCAAAAGCCCUUGUUGACCCGGAAAGUUCGGAUAAUAGCAGUAGUGAGAAUCAUCAACCAAGACGAAAGCAAGCGAAAACAACAACAUCAACAACAAAUAAUAAUUUACCGUUUGAGGAGAAGAGUAGUUAUAAAUCAAAAACUUCAAUUAACGCGAGCAGACGUCAUCGAAAUUAUCGGAAACACAAUAACCGAAUAAAUCAGAAUCAAUAUCCGAAUCAAAAUCAAAGUCCAUCACAAUUGACGACGACUUCAACAACACGUAAUAAUAGUAGCCACAUCAUCAAUAACAGUUUAACGGAAUACACAAGCAUUGGUGGUGGUGGUGGUGCUAGCGAAGUCAGCGAUAAGAGACAAUCACAGUCAACUAAGAAUUUCUUAUCAAUUGUGGGAAAUAAAGCUAAGUUGAAUUCUAAAUUAGCAGCUAGAGACGCAGGAGCAACAACAGCAAUAGCCGCGACUACUACAUCACAAAUACCAGCUUUGCCUUUUGGUGUUGCCGAUACUGUUUUAAGUUCAUUACCAUCUUCGUCGUCGAACGCAUUAAAAGCGAACGCAUCAAUUAUCAACGAUAAUCGUUCCAAUAAAUAUCAACGAAAAAGCGCUUCGGGUAAUAAAUUCAAUAACAAUUAUAAUAGCACCACCAGCACCAGCAAUUAUAACGCAACUAUUAACGAAAGUGUAGGCGAUACAUAUUCGUCAGCAACGACAGCAACAGCAACAGCAGCAGGAGUAGGAGCAGCAGGAGUCGUUAAUAGCAGUAACAGUAAUAGCAGUAGCAGCUGUGCAAUUGGUGGUAUUAUCUCUCAAGACAAUAACAAUACGCGUUUAAUUGCGGAAGAGGCAAAUAACGAUAUUAGCAGCGGUCGUCGUCACUUUAAACGUAACGACGAGUUGGACGGUGGUAACGACGGAGAGGAGGACGAUAGGGUUGAAAAUCCUGAAGAUAGUGAAGCACUUGAAGAAGAGGAAGACGAGAACGUUAUUAACGGUAACGAAGAUAUCGAAUUCUUCGACGGCGACGACGACGAAAUUGAGGAAGAGGAAGACGAGAUCGACGAAGACGACGACGAAGAAAUCGAACAGGAAGCCGACGACGAUUCCGACGAAGUACCGGAUUCAGUUGUUGCUGCUAUCGAAGGUAAACACGUAAAUCAACAACAACAAGAACAUCAACAACAACAGCUACAAGCUCAACGAUUCCUUUCUAAGAGACGUCGUUUAAGUCGACGUUCGUCUUUACGAACUCGAUCUCAAAAUUCAAAGCGUUUGAAAAAUCAAUACAAAUCACCACAACAACAACAACAGCAACACCAGCAAUCACAAGAUCAGCGUAUAAAAGUGGGAAGGGAAAUAACUAGCGGACGUUUGAUAGGAGGAGAAGCAGGUGGAAGAAGUGGUGGAGGAGGAGGAGGAGCUGCUGAUAACUUAAGUGCUAGCAACAGCCAAUCAACUAGCGGUAUUGCCGUUAGCAAUUUUAGUGUCAGCUCUAAGACACAGGCGCAAAGUCAGUGUUCGGAGAAAAUUGCUGUUUCACCAAAGUCUACAACAACAACUACGACGACGGGCUACACUAGAGCCCCGAAUCUGGGGGCACGACAAACACGCAGCAGUGGUGGCAGCAUUAGCACCCAACCUAACACCAACCCGACUGCCAGUAAUAAUAGUGCCGAUUACAAUAUUGGUGUACCGACGGGCGCGACUAAUAUUGGUGGUGGAGGAGGAGCAGUAGCUGCAGGUGGAGGCGGAGUUGGAUUAGCAGGUGGCAUUGUUUUAGGAGGCACUCAUAAUUUGAAUAGCGGUAACGUAGCGGGCCUUAGUCGUGGUGUUAUAGUAGCGGCAGGACAUCAACAAUUACCACCGCAAACGCAUCCAGGUCAUAAUCAACAUCAUACAGUCAUUGCUGCCUCUGCGACGACACACUCUCAUUAUACACAACAACAUACCGCUCAUAUAUUGCAACAUCCGGGACAAGCACCGCCUCCCACUCAUUAUUUACCCCAACAGAAUCCGGGCACUACGUAUUAUACUACUCAUCCUCCGACGCAUUUACAAGCACAACCACCCCCGCAACAGCAAGUUCAUUUCUAUCAAACUUACCCGGCUGGUGCCGCGUCAUCUACUGCUAUUCUUAACUUAAAUUUAAAUUCUUAUCCGGCAACUGGGCAAAGUUCAAUUGCCGGAACUCCAAUUGUAUAUCAGGUUCCGUCGCCGGCAACACAGCAAGUGCAACUACCCGGUCAACAAGCACAACAACAACAGCAACAGCAGCAGCAUCAAGUUACUCGAUAUCAUCAUCCUCAAGUGAGUGGUUUACAUCAUCAAGUCGGACAAGGUUCAGCGCAUUUACAGCAGUCGCAUCAUUCAUCGGUCGAGCUUAGUUUGGGCGCUGGUUUGGUACCCAGCAACGCUCACGACACCGGUGCCGUUUAUCACGCCAGUAAUUCCGGUCAUCACCAUUCUUCGCAUUCACUUAGACGUAGCUCUAGAGGCAAGACGGGUUCUUGUGUAAGUUCGGUACAGGCCCAACACCACGGCAGUGCGAGCAGCAGUAGCGGUAAUAGCAGUAGUGGUGGCACUUCACGUAGUGGUACCGCAACCGCCGCUAAUUUACCCGUAGUAGUGGGCCAUCAAUUGCUCUCCACACCACCCCAACCGCCGUCGGCUACGCAUCAUUUAACGCAUCAGCAACAACUGGGGUCCCACCACCACAAUCAUCAUCCACAUCAACAUCCGCAGCAUCAAGCGCUGGCCACUGCUGGUGGUGCUGUUGUCGUCGCAAUAUCUGCCCAACAGCAACAGCAGCAGCAACCGCCGCAGCAAAAUCAUUUAUUACCGCAUCACGGUGUUGUAACACAUCAACAUCAUUCACACACUCAAAUUUUGCCACAGCGCGCUACAAUAGUUCAGCCAGGAUUUUUGUACAGUUAUCGUGCAGCUAGUGGCGCAACAAGCGGUUUGGGCUCAACAGUAUUAGGUGCAUCAACGUCGUCUAGUGCUGCCACCGCCGUUGUAACAAACGUGCCAGCAGGUACGGGCUCUUUUGUGGCCACGCAUCAAAAUUCCAAUAAAGUCAGUGCUUCUGCGGAUGCAUUAAGCUAUAAUUUAAUGGCACAACAAACGCCUAAUACGGGACCACCACCACCACCACCGUCAUCAUCAACCACAGUUACAUCCCAUACACCUGCUGCUGCAAGUGGGGGACAAACAAAUACAGCAUCCUUAGCUGUUGCUAACGUUUUACGUGGCACGACGUCUUCGAACAGCAAUACAGUUAGUGCAUCAACUGUAGCUAGCUCCUCUGUACCGGCAACAGCGAACGGUAGUGCAAGCGGUAGCAAUACAACGACGACAACGACGACGAGCAAUACGGCAAAUUCGAAUUCGCAUGGCGACUCGGAGAGCGAUGACAGCGAAGUGGGACGUUUACAGGCUUUAUUGGAAGCCCGAGGCUUGCCGCCUCAUUUAUUCGGUGCCUUGGGACCUCGUAUGACACAUAUCUUGCAUCGAACGAUUGGUAAUGGCAGCUCGUCGAAAGCGCAGCAAUUAUUACAAGGUUUACAAUCGCAUGACGAAAGUCAACAACUGCAAGCAGCCAUUGAAAUGUGCCAAAUGCUUGUCAUGGGCAACGAGGACACUUUGGCUGGUUUCCCCAUAAAACAAGUGGUGCCAGCUUUAAUUACAUUGUUGCGUAUGGAGCAUAAUUUCGAUAUUAUGAAUAAUGCUUGCCGUGCGUUGGCUUAUAUGUUGGAAGCUUUGCCUCGUUCGUCGGGAACAGUAGUCGAAGCCGUUCCGGUUUUCUUAGAAAAAUUACAAGUUAUUCAAUGCAUGGACGUGGCUGAACAAAGUUUAAGCGCUCUGGAGAUAUUGUCACGUCGCCAUAAUAAAGCCAUAUUACAGGCUAAUGGUAUAUCGGCCUGCCUCACAUAUCUAGAUUUUUUUUCAAUUAACGCUCAACGAGCCGCUUUAGCCAUUACAGCAAAUUGCUGCUUAAAUUUACAUCCUGAAGAAUUUCAUUUUGUAUCGGAAAGUUUACCUCUCUUAGCCCGCCUCUUGGCUCAGCAAGAUAAAAAAUGCGUAGAAAGUGUUUGUUCAGCUUUUUGCCGUUUGGUCGAGAGCUUCCAGUAUGAUCCAAAGCGUUUGCAGGAAAUAGCGAGUAAAGAUUUAUUAAAGAAUUGUCAACAGCUCCUGGUGGUUACACCGGCUCUUCUCAAUUCGGGUACUUUUACGGCUGUAGUACGUAUGCUUAGCUUGAUGUGUGCCAAUUGCCCCGAUUUGGCUAUAUCUUUGUUAAAGAGUGACAUAGCCGCCACACUGUUGUAUUUGCUGACCGGAAACGCCGAAUUAUCGUCGAUUUCGAUCGCUAAUCAUGUAGAACUCGUAUCGCGAUCACCUUCGGAAUUAUAUGAAAUUACCUGCCUGAUAGGGGAAUUAAUGCCGCGUCUGCCUACAGACGGCAUUUUUGUGGUUGACGCUUUACUCGAUCGUCCCACCAUCAACACUCAGGAUCAAGUGCAAUGGCAAUGGCGUGACGAUCGCGGCACUUGGCAUAAUUAUUCAACCAUAGAUUCGCGCAUGAUUGAAGCAGCCCAUUUAAAUUCAGAGGAUGAAUUUAGUUUAAGUACAUUGGGCCGUACAUAUACUGUGGAUUUUCACUCAAUGCAGCAAAUAAAUGAAGACACAGGCACUGCAAGACAAGUUCAACGCAAAGUGAAUCCUAACUACGUGCCGCCUCCACCGCCACCCGCCAAUACACUUUCAAAUAAUACCGGUCAGGAUUUGACAACUUCUGCCGUAGCUACAGCCAUUACCGCCUUGAGUACAACAGUAGCAGCUGCCGCCACAGCCGGUAUAGCGCCUCCCAGCGGGAUAUCGCAAAAACGUCGUCCCUCUGUUGAUUCCCGCAUUGCUUGCUUGAAGGAAGAACGUGGUUUAGCAGCUGAAUUUAUUAAGAACUUGUUUAAUGUUCUGUAUGAAGUUUACAGUUCGUCGGCUGGUCCCAAUGUUCGCUACAAGUGCCUAAGAGCUUUGUUGCGUAUGGUUUAUUAUGCUUCACCGGAGCUGCUAAGCGACGUACUGAAAUACCAAUUGGUUUCCAGUCAUAUAGCAGGGAUGCUGGGCAGCAAUGAUUUGCGUAUUGUAGUGGGGGCUCUUCAAAUGGCUGAAAUACUCAUGCAAAAAUUGCCUGACGUUUUUGGUAUGCACUUUCGGCGUGAAGGCGUUAUAUAUCAAAUCACGCAGCUUACCGAUCCCAAUCAUCCUAUUUGUGCCAAUCCUUCACCUAAACCGUUGGCUGCGAAUAUGAGUGCCAAUGGUUCUCAAAGUGCACCUGCCUCAGCGUCUAGUCUGCAAAUGAAUCCCUUCUUUAUAGAUAACGCAAUUGCGGUAGGUCAGCAAGGAGGUAACAGCUCUUCAGCCUCUGCUACGCCUAACACAUCAAAAACUGGAUCACAUAGCCAUCAACAGCAUCCUUAUACCAUGAAGAGCUUUUCACAUGCUAUGAAUGCUUUAACAGCAGCUGCUACCAGCGGUGGGGGAAAUAAUCAGAGCAGUAAUCAAAAAGUUGGUGCUAUGCCCACGUCAAUGGCUCUGAACAUAAAUGCAGCAAGUGGAUCGGCUUCCACGUCAUCUGAUGUGCAUUUUCAAUACAGCAGUUCCGCUCCGGCCCAUACGCAAAUGACACCACAACAGCAGCAGCAUCACACGAGCCAUCAUCAUCAUCAUUCGCAAGGACAGCAACAAAGCUAUUUUGUUUACACUGGAAAUGCAAAUCAAACGGUACCACCCCCGCCUACAGUGGGAAGCGGAUCUGAACAACAAUAUGCAGCAUUUAAUCAACUAUCACCACCUCCGCCUUUAACGUCACAGUAUUCACAAGGCGGCGGGCAGAAUUCAAAUGGUCCACCACCACAUUAUCAAACUAUAGGUAUGGCAUCAGCAAGUUCAUCUGCACCUCCACCUACAUCUACUUCGGCGCUGCAACAUAAAAUGAGCGACAUGCUUAAACGUAAGGUACCACCGAAAAGGAAAUCUCAGUCGAGCAGUCGUUCGAAAACGCGACAGGAUGAUGGUAGUGGGUCUUCAGCAGCAGCAACUGGAGCAGCGGCUGCAACCACUUCUACCUCGGCAAUGCACGAUUUACUCAGUAGAGCUACCGGACUAGGAGGAGGAUGCGGUAGUGGUAACAGUAGCAAUGCAGCGGGUCGUAAUACGCCUAGCAGUUCAAAAUCACGGUUUAGUGGCGGUAGCGGAGGUACUGGAAGCGGCACUCAUCACAGUUCGACAUCUGGAACAACAAAGACUACAUCCUUUUUAGCCUCGCUCAACCCGGCCCGUUGGGGACGCCAAGGAUCUCAGCACAAUUCAUCUACGGGUAGUGGGUUCGCUAAAGAUGCUCACAGCAGUAACAGUUCGGUCCCACAAAAUCCCAGCGGUUCAGGGUCAAGCGCCAGCCAUAAUAUGGGUGGCAGCAGUUUAGCAGCCCAACAUUUAAGCAAAAGUAUUUCUCAAGCUAAUCUGAUAGCAGCGGGUAAUCGUGAAAAGGCACGGCAAUGGGUGCGGGAACAAGCUAUAAACUUUAUUAAACGUUAUGCCUCCCAAGACAGUUGCAAAAUUGCGGGAAGUGUAGAGGGCUCACGCAAUAGUGCCAACGUGUUGCAAAGCCUCACCUCCGUCAUUGAUAAACUCUGCGGCAGUCCUACGAACUGUUUAGACGCAUUGAUAGAACUAAAGACAAUUCUCUUAGAAAGCGACAUCUCGCCCUUUGAAGUCAACCAUUCGGGGCUAAUUAAGGCUAUGCUAAAUUAUAUGACCGCCGAAGAAGGUGUGGUAGAGCGAGAGGUGCGUUUGCGCAGUUUUAUGCACGUUUUCGCUGGUCUUCCUUUAGAGCCCAUGAGUAAAGUCAGCAAUUUGCCUCAAAUAGAUCCUGCAGCGUUUUCCGCAUUUGUUUCCAAACUUAAUGCUUGCGUUACGCAAUUGGAGCAAUUCCCUGUGAAAGUGCAUGAUUUUCCGGCUGGUCCUGGUGGGGGACGUUCCAACACAAGUGCUUUGAAGUUCUUCAAUACGCAUCAGUUGAAGUGCAACUUACAACGUCAUCCUGAUUGCAAUAAUUUACGUCAAUGGAAAGGAGGCACAGUUAAAAUCGACCCUCUUGCAAUGGUACAGGCUAUUGAACGUUAUUUAGUGAUACGCGGUUAUGGUGGAAUACGCGGCGAUUCCGACGAUGACUCUGAAGAGGAUAUGGAUGACAAUGUUGCCGCAGUUGUCAUGUCACAGAGCGGAUUUAAACACAAAUUGCAAUUUUUAAUCGGAGAUCAUGUUUUGCCCUAUAAUAUGACUGUUUAUCAAGCCGUCAAACAAUAUUCUCCUAUGGCUAACGAUCAAUCGGAAACCGAUACUGAUACUGAAACGCCAUUAGGCAAUGCUAGUGUGUGGGUCCAACAGCAUACCAUAUACUAUCGUCCCGUCGAAGAGGAUAUAUCUGUGGGCAGUUCAAGCAGUGGCAUUAAUUGUAAAUCUAACCUCACUAGCACCGCACCUAGCUCAUCGUCAUCAUCAGCCCCAACGACCAGUAAUUCUGGGGCUUCUAGCUCAUCUUCAUCAUCAAUGCCUAAGAAGAGUAGUAAAUCAUCAUCGAAAUUGUUGCGCAAGAAAACAGAGUUGUGGCACGAAGGCAUAGCCCCUCCCGUGAUUUCAGCUUUGAAGCCAUUCCUUGCUAAAACACUGCCUGCUGAUGUAGUUACUUCGGUUCAAGAUGCAUCACUUGAUGCCCUCUGCAUGCUACGAAUUAUUAAUGCUCUUAAUCGUUAUUGGGAGCACUUAUAUGGCUGUGUCCAACGCCAACCUAUCGUAAAUCAAGCUGAAUUUAUACAUUCAAAAAUCACGGCCAAAGCUAACCGUCAACUACAAGAUCCACUCGUUAUUAUGACUGGCAAUUUACCGCAGUGGCUGCCACAAAUCGGAAUGGCCUGUCCUUUCUUAUUUCCUUUCGAAACGCGACACUUGCUAUUCUAUGCUACUAGUUUCGAUAGAGACCGAGCUUUGCAACGUUUGUUAGAUGCUACUCCCGACUUAAAUUCAGCCGAAUCAUCGGAGAGAGUAGCACCACGUCUAGAUCGCCGUAAACGGGCCAUCUCCCGUCAAGAUAUUCUAAAACAAGCGGAACAUGUCAUGCAAGAGUUUGGCCACUCAAGAGCCCUGCUCGAAAUUCAAUACGAAAACGAGGUUGGUACUGGGUUAGGACCCACGCUGGAAUUUUAUGCUUUAGUGUCGGCCGAAUUACAGCGUUGCGAUUUAAGUCUCUGGAAUGGAGGUGAUAGCUACAAGCAAAAUUCAGCAACUAUAGCAGAUGUAGUCAAAUCGACAUCAGCUACUCUGCAUAUAGAUGAGCCGCAAUCUUCCGUUGUGGGUGACAAUCAGGCUAGUAACACCACCACAAAUACAACGAACCAUACGACAGUCAGUCCACCUACCAGCGCUACAUCAGGCACUGCUACACGUAGCAAUAGUCGUAGCAACCGAGUUGAUAAUGGAGGCGGAGUCGGUUCUGUACGUCAGAAUCAAAAUUUAUCAAAUGCCAAUAACCACCAGCAACAGGAACAGCAACAUUUGUCUCAGCAACUCUUAGCUGAUGAAAUUUUUGACAUGUUGAUUGAACAACAAGGUGGAGAUCAUCAGCAGCAACAACAAUCGACGGGUGGUCCCUCUAUGCCUUUAUUAGAGAGCAACACACCAAUCCAACAUAGUCCAAUAGCUAUUUCGCCAACACCUUCAAUAACAUAUGUUAAUUCUAUCUACGGUUUGUUUCCUUUACCCAUAGGUAAAUCGUCGAAAUUACCACAAGUCUCUCGAGUCAAGUCGAAAUUCAAAUUUCUGGGCAAAUUUAUGGCCAAAGCUGUUAUGGAUAGUCGUAUGUUGGAUUUACCCUUCUCCAUACCCUUCUAUCGUUGGCUACUAAGCGAAGAAUCUUAUGUAGGCUUAUCUGAUUUGGCUCGUGUAGCACCGGAAGUACAAUCCACCUUAGUACGUUUACAAGAUGUCGUGCAUCAACGUGAUACAAUUUUAAUCGACAACGGCUUGGAUGCUAUGGAAAAGACUGAAAAAGUUGAAUCAUUAGAUCUCGAUGGAUGCCCAAUAUCCGACCUAGGUCUAGACUUCGUUUUACCCGGUCAUGCUAAUAUUGAAUUGUGCCGAGGUGGACGAGAUACUACAGUAACCAUACAUAACCUACAUCAGUACAUUAGUCUCGUCACCUACUGGUUCCUGGUGGAAGGUGUUCAAAAGCAAUUUGAAGCUCUAAGAGAAGGAUUCGAUUCAAUAUUUCCUGUACAACGUUUACGUAUGUUUUAUCCGGAAGAAUUGGAGAAUGUCUUCUGCGGUAGUGGAAAUAAUUGUUAUCAACGAUGGGAUGUAAAAAUGUUGCAAGAAAGUUGCCGGACCGAUCAUGGUUUCACACAAGAUUCUCAGGCCAUUAAAUAUCUGUACGAUAUUCUCUCAACCUAUACGCGAGAUGAGCAACGUUUAUUUUUGCAAUUUGUUACGGGAUCGCCACGUUUACCGACCGGUGGCUUUAAAGCUCUUAGUCCUGCGCUGACCAUUGUACGCAAAACACUGGAUAACAAUCAAAAUCCGAAUGAUUACUUGCCUUCAGUAAUGACAUGCGUUAAUUAUUUAAAACUACCUGACUAUUCAAGUCGCGAGGUAAUGCGUCUUAAAUUAAAAGUCGCUGCCAAUGAGGGUAGCAUGUCGUUCCAUUUAUCAUAAACAAGAAAAAGGGGGAUAGUAGUAAUUCUAACACAGAUAUACGCACAUAUUUAAAAAAUCCUUUUUUUCUUUUUUUGGUUGAUUUUUUUGUAUUGCAAAGAAAAAAAC